AUGUUUGGUCAAAGAGGUACCAAGAACUUCAGGCCUCGCAGACGUAACCAGAUGAAUGCUCCGGUACAGCGCAACGAUCUCCACGCCUCCGCCACCGAUGAUAUGGAAAUCGUCGACGAUCAACAAGUGAGCCAUCAACAAUUGCUCUUCUCUGCUGAAGUGCGUAAAAAGUUGUUAAGACGGAGACCUUACCAGCCAUCUUCUUUGAGAAGACAGCACAAUGUUGAUAACACUGGUAAUGCCCACGAGCAGCAGGACGUCGAAUAUACCGUUCUUCUCUCAGGAAGCGGGUUGAACAUAUUAGAUGAAAGUAAACUAAGACGAGCUCUCCGGACGAAAUUCCCCCACAUGAUAAGAGCGCAAUGGUGGUUUGACCUUCCCUUCCAUGAGCAAGAGUCGAUCAAAAGGAAGUACAACUUCAGUGGACCUUUCGUUAAAAUUCACUUCACCAACGAGGUAGAGCGCGAGAAGGCAAAGAAAUCUACAAAUUCCCAUUUCCUCGGAGGGAAGGAGCUAAGGAUACACACUUACACUCCGAGGAGGCAAACAUCAGUUGUACCUCCCAGCUCUCCUGAAGUGAGUAAAGACACCGAUAUUUCAGCCCUGGUGGAAAGAUUUUCGUUCAAUGAAUACUCCAGCCAACUCGGCUCAAUUCGCCAGCAAGACUCCUCCCAUUGA